AUUGAGUUUCCCACAAAAUUUCUUGUUACAUGAUCAUUAUUUCCAUCUCGUUAAAUGUAAUACAACAUUUGGUAUCCAAUGCAAAUCCACCAAAGUCUCAACUAAAGUGCUUGCAACUGUAAAUUUGUAAACUUACCUUUGUCAACCACUGGGUACUUGAAUUGCUAUUGAUUGAACUUUUCUGAUGAGAAGAUCAAAACACCUUAUAGUUAAUAAAUUUUUAAAUCUGGUUAAUGGUUUGCAUUUGUAUGAUAGAUUGAAAAUGAAUCUUUUCAGUCAAUGGCCACAUUAUUCAUUGUCAUCUUUUAAAAGCAAAUUGAUCAAUUUACUAUUAGGAUUGCCGAAUCACACUUUGAAAUCCGAAGAGACAAUUGAACAACUUGUAAAAUUUGAAAAAUUUUCAAUCUUUUUUCGUGCCUCUCGAUUUGGGUUUGCUCAAAAUGUGUCUCAUCAAUCAGCUAAAACAGACUAUUACAGCCUAAUUAUGCGAGCAAUUGGUCAAAUCAACUUGAUUCGUUUGAUUUGUUUAAUAGCAAUAUACAAUGAGGAUUAUCAAUUGUAUUUAGGUGACGUUGCUUACAAGACGAAACAUCGCUCAAUGGUUAACACUUUAUUUACAAUGUGCUUCUUAUUUGGAGCUGUUAAUAGUGAAUGGCUUGUUUUAUACGAUAAACGUGGUAAUUAUAGUUUUUUGGCCAUUUACUCGGACAUAAUCAAGCAUGGAUUUGAACCAGUUCACUUGCAAAUGACAUCAAACCAAGCAAUUAAAUUUCAUCGUACAAUCCACAUUCUGGUUACUCAACUGCACCGCAGCUUCAUAUUUUGUUUUAUCUUCCUUGCAGCAGUCUACUACUCCGUACUACUCUUCAAUCCACACUUUUAUCUAGUCAAACAGUUGCCCUUUUACUGUUUGGCCUGGAGUCUAGUCGCUAUUAUUGUCACCUUUACCUUGAUUGGAAAAUAUUUUGCCAUCUUUGGUUAUCUUAUUCUAGUACAACUGUAUCACCUUUUCAGGUUGAAAUCAGUAGUCGAGUUAGCGGAUUUGUAUCGUAACACGAAAUGUACGGAUCAACUUGCCUCGACCUUAGCCAAACACGCAUUUGUAUGCUUGAAUGAAUUGGAAAAAUGUGCUAAACUUACUCGUUAUAUUGUCCUUUGUGUAUUCACUAUCGUUGCCUUUAAUUGUGAUAUAUUUAUAUUUUAUGGUUUUAUCAUGCGUUUCCAUUCACCACUAUACGCUAAUUCGCUUGGUUCAAUUGGUUGCAUCGUUUUCAUCGUUAUUGUUUACCUCUCAUUCAUUGCACGAGAGUUCAUUAUUAAAAAUGAGCGCUUAUAUUUUCAUAUCCGCACAAUGUGUCGACACAAUGUGUUCAAUACUUGCAAUCAGUUUAAGAUUUUACAAUUAAUGGAACGAUUAUCCGACCCUAAUAAUGGCAUUCAAUUGGGUUCAAUAACAACAAUUGGAAAGGAUUUCUUCAUUAGAUUCAUGGUGGAAAUUGGUUCAUCUUUAAUGUUGUUUACUUGCAACUUCAAACGAUAUUUUGAACAGUAAAAACGGUUAACAUUCAAUUAUGGUUGAUUAACUUAGACACGAUUUCCUAGCUGAUUGACUCUUUAAUGGUAAAAAGUCUAAGAAAAUCGUGUAAAAAAUCAGAUCGACUGAUUUUUUCUCUUCUUCAAAAUCUAUUCAGAUUUGAUUUGAUAAUUAUCCUUGUAUUUUAAUGAUAUUCAAUAAUUCAUUAUGAAUAGAAACA